AUUGCUCUUGGCACUGGAAUAUUGAUCGCGAAUAGUAGUGGUGUUGGUUCGAACCGAGAAAUUUUUAUUAGUCAUGCUACUAUUGAUUCGAAUGGUCGAGGUUUAGUCAUUCGUGAUAAUAGUUAUGUGUCCAUUAUUGGCAUAUGGGCAGCGUCGAGCACGAUUGAUCAAGUAUUUGUUGAUGAGAAUACCACAGCUGUUCUAUCAAUUAGUGGAGGUACAAUUUUUAAUGGUGGCGUAUACGAAUGUCCCAAACUAUAUUCUUGGUGUAAUUGUUUG